AUGGUGCUUGCAGCCUUCGUCGUUGAUGCGGAAGCUGCAGCGCUUGCAGCCUGCACGCCCGUUGCAGAAGGACUCAGCUUUGUGCCCGGCGAUCACUGGUGCGUGGGCCGUGGUUUGGCUGCUGGCCUCGAGCUGCCAUUGGCAAGGGCUCUGAGGUUCGCCGCCGGUGCCUUUGCCACCGCAGCCGGGAGAGGCAAAAGAGCUCUUGCCCUUGAAUCCGUGAAGCUCUUGCCAGUCACACAAGCCCUGGAAGCAUGCGGGUGCGCUGUGCUCUCGUCGCUGCCGGACCAGCUGGAGGCCUUGGUUGCAGCUGCUCUCCACGGACGAGCGAUUGGCGUCCUCUCGGGAGCUGCUCUGCUGGACUACCUGCAGCAGCUGGCCGACGGCGCUCCGCGGGAGGUCUUUGCGGCCGCCUGGCUCGGCUACGAUGGUGGGAGGGCUUGCACAUCAAUGCAGCUUCACAGCUGCGCUGACUGGUCGCAUCUCAAUGAGCUGCUGGGCCUGCGGCUGCUUUCGACUGAUGCGCUACUGGCAGUUACUGUGGCCUAUGUCUCAACAGCCGAAGUCUGGCUGGGCAGUGCUGUCGAUUGGACCCUGGCUGGCCUGAGACAUGCUUGUUCACGGCACGGAUAUCAUGUCGCGGCCGCUUCCGUCAUGAAGUUCACGGCGAACAACUCCCGCCUCGCUGUCUUCGUUCGUUUGGGGAGGGAGCCAUUGAAGUUGGAGGAAGGUUUGCUGCCGCCGGCGUUGCUGAAUCAACCUGGUUUCGAGGACAAGGAGGCUGCCGGGGCCUCCAUGGAAUUUUACAGCAGCUGGGACGAGGCUCGCGUGAAGGCUCCCUCACCAGAGGGACGGCGACUGCGGCAGCUCCUGCCGGCACUCCGGCAGCUUUUGGCAAAAAGCGGUGUCGCCGAUGAAACCAGCGACGUCAUACUGAUCCAUGAGCCGGGCUUUGUCACUUUGCUUCCAGAGCUUGCAGCUUUGGAUGGUAGUCUCAUUUGCUGUGUUUGUGAUGAUCCUGUCGUGCUUAGCGACCUUCAGCGACGACAGCGCGAGGCAGUGGAAUGCUCUGCUGCAACAGACGGAAUGUUACAAGGAACGAGUGUACUGGCCCUGCUGGAGGACUGCGGCCCCAUCGCAUGGCGCAAGCGCUGGCAGGACCUGGCAGUGCGGUGGCUACAAAUGCACGCCGGGAAUGGCGAGAAAAAGCUCGUCCUUCUGCUCGAGGCGUCCCAGCUCCAACUCGCCCUCGACCUGGUUGGUGAGCUGCGGCUUGCAGCAGGCGACUGCACCAUCCUGGUUGGCUUCAGCUUCGUGCAGGGCUCCAGGCGCUGGGUCUUCGCAGCGCUCGCUCUGGCGCAGGCGGUUUGCCGGUUCCUGCUCCAGCCCGAAUUUCGUUGCCUCAAGUUCAGCGAGAGCGGCCUGCUUAAGGUCUUAAAGCUCGAAUCUGCCUCCGAUGGGGCCGCGAAAGCUGCGGCCGGGCAAAGCAACCUGUCCAUGAAUCAGACGCUGGAGGGCCACCAAGGUACCAUAAUGGUCAUCACCUGGAAUGAAAAUUUCCGGAAGCUGACCACCAGCGACCAGAAUGGCCUCAUCAUUGUGUGGAUGCUCCAUAGAGGAAUUUGGUUCGAGGAAAUGAUCAACAAUCGAAACCGGAGUGUAGUUCGAGACAUGAAGUGGAGUGCCGACUGCCAGAAGAUAUGCAUCAUCUACGAGGAUGGCGCAGUUAUAGUGGGCACUGUGGAUGGGCAAAGGCUGUGGGGUAAGGAAGUCAAGACACAGCUCGCCUUUGUAGAGUGGUCGCCGGAUGGCAAGAACAUCCUCUUCUGCACUCUCAACGGCGAGGUGCACGUCUACGACAAUGAAGGAAUCUAUUCCCACAAGGUGCCAAUCUACUGCCUAGACAGUGGCACCGAGGGCACCGUAGCGAUUGCCGGCAUUGACUGGUUUGCCGGGCCCAAUGGCCCAGAGAACCAGACACCAGCUCUUUGUUUGGGCUUCGAGAACGGCCGAGUCCAGAUCAUGAGAAGUGAUGCCGAUGACAAGCCUGUGCUUUUGGAUACACAGUUGCGAUGCACUGGUCUCAAGUGGGAUCCGAACGGCUCUGUGGUUGCCAUCGCAGGCGUGCAGAGCCAAGGAGCAGCCGCUGCCGACCGCGAGGUGGGCAUCGUUCAGUUUUAUGCUCCGAGUGGGCAGCAUCUCAGAUCCCUGAGAGUUCCUGGGCAGAAUUUGCGCUCGAUCUCCUGGGAGGGUUCUGGCCUUCGAUUAGCGUUGGCCGUUGAUUCCCACAUUUUCUUCGCCAACAUCAGGCCAGACUACCUUUGGGGGUAUUUCUCGCGAACGCUGGUCUACGCAGUGCUGCGAAAAGAGCGCAACGAGCAUGUCGUCGUGUUCUGGGACACCCAUAGCGACGAGAAAUACACCAAGUACAUCAAGCAUGUCACGCACAUCAGAUCUUCGGAGGAGUACUGUGUCCUGGUCACCAAGGCAGAUGACGCCAGUGGCCAGCACAUUGUCAUUGUGUGCAAUGACAUCGGCAGUCCAGUGGACUCCAAGUAUAUGCAGCUUGACCCCGUCCAUGUUGCUAUGACGAACUCCCACGUCAUCGUAACUUCGGAGGACGUCGUGUAUAUCUGGAGCUACCGAACUAGUGUUUCGCGGCAGGCACAGGGCGACCUGGCUUCGGCCGCUGGAAUGGGCAUCAAGCAGAAGAGGGCUGAGAUGAUGUUUCACAUUGAUGAGUCCUUUGCACCCGGUAGUGGGACCCAUGACAAGGAAAGUUUCGUGCCGCCUUCGAUGACCACGCAGGAUCCGAUUGCCUGCAUCUGUGCCACAGAGCAAUGCUUGCUGGUGGCACGCGAAAGCGGUGUGGUGCAUCGCUAUGCCCUGCCCCACUUGUCGUUGGAAGCGCGCUUCACCAUCCGAUGUCGGCCGCAGGUGAUAGCUGCCAACUGCGACAGCACCAGGAUGUCAGUCAUUGACAUCAAUGGCGUGCUUUUGCUGUUCGACGUGGAGAUUGUCAACCAUGGCUUCUUCAGCCAGCAAGCAGAGACCAAUUCGCAGGACAAUGGGCCUGGCAAGCAGCUGGACUUCGAGCGCAAGGAUGUCUGGAACAUGCGAUGGGCAACCGACAAUCCGGACCUCUUUGCCAUCAUGGAGAAAACACGGAUGUACAUAGUCCGGGGCCUUCAGCCCGAGGAGCCCGUGCUCUCCAACGCAUACAUCUGCGCCUUCAAAGACCUCCAGAUCCAAAGUGUGCUCAUCGACGAGGUCAUACAAAACCCGGAGAAUCCCCGGAAGGAGGUUCUCCUGGAUUUCGAGACCAAGAGUCUCAGAGACACGCGCGACAUCCUCACGAAGGUGUCCAACCUAAAAGAUGCCUUCAACUAUGUCGAUGCGAAUCCACACCCGCGGCUCUGGAGGCUGCUGGCGGAGGCAGCUCUGGAGCAGCUUGAGUUCGGGGUGGCCGAAAAGGCCUUCGUGCGCUUCGAGGACUACCAGGGCAUCCAGCUCGUCAAGCGCCUCCGCCUUCUGGACGACCGGGUCAAGCAGAAGGCCGAGGUCGCGGCGUACUUUCAACGGUUCGAUGAGGCUGAGAGCUUGUACAGGGAAAUCGACCGCAAGGACCUCGCGAUCGAUCUUCGCGUACGCUUGGGUGACUGGUUCCGAGUCAUUCAGUUGGCGCAUGGUGCCAACGAGGAGCUGCUUCACCAAGCAUGGAGCGCCAUCGGCGACUACUACGCCGACCGUUGCAAGUGGCCCAACGCGGCCAAUUACUACGCCAAGGCGGGGAACAACGCUGCUCUGGUGGACACCUACUAUUUCUUGGAGGACUAUGACUCCUUGGAGAGACUCAUUCCGCAGCUGCCGGAAGGCAGCCCGCUGCUGACGGAGGUGGGCAACAAGUUCAGCUCCGUGGGCCUCUGCGAGCAGGCCGUCCAGGCCUAUCUGCGGCACGGCGACGUCAAGACGGCGGUUGACACGUGUGUCCUGCUGAACCAGUGGGAGCUGGCGGUGAACCUCGCGCAGCAGCACAAUUUCCAGCAGAUCGAAGGUCUCCUGGCAAAGUACGCGCAGCAUCUUCUUGACAAGAACAAGAAGAUCGAGGCAGUACAGCUUUACCGGAAGGCAAGCCGCCACACGGAGGCCGCGAAGCUGCUGAACCAAAUGGCCAGGGAGAUGCCAGGUGGUGUUCAACGACAUCCUGACCGCAUAAAGAAGUUGUAUUUGCUGGCAGCCUUGGAGGUGGAGAAGUUCAAGAACAAGACUUUGGAUGCUCAGAUGACAGGUGCCACGCAGGGCACGAUGACGACCGCACAGACACUGCAGUCGCUGGUCACGCAGGACCAAAGCGUCUCCAGUGAUCGUGCGUUGGAGAGCCCUUGGCGCGGUUGCGAGGCCUUCCACAUCUACCUGCUCUCGCAACGACAACUGUACGAGGGCCAGUUUGAGCAGGCCAUGAAGACUUCGCUGCGUCUCGCCGAAUACGAGGACAUCCUCGACACGCAGACCAUCUACUCUCUGAUAGCGCUCACCACGUAUUACAACAAGUACUACAUGCAAUGCUCAAAGGCAUUCAUCAAGCUGGAGGCCUCCGGGGACAUCAGCGACGAGAUGCGCGCCAAGUUCUCGGACCUCGCCCUCAGCAUUUUUACCAGGAAGGUUUCAAUCCUCUCGCUGAGUGGCGCAACGUUGCUUACGCCCGAGCUGGACUCUGGCAACACAAUCCAGGAGCUUCAGCACCUCAUCGAAGCGGCGUUGGAUGUGGCACCUCGGGCACAGCGGCUGCUCCUCAAAGGUACGAUACUUCCCAUUCAAGCUACCCUGGAGAGUGCUGCGGUUCAAUCCGGAGAUGAGCUUACCCUGGUGAUCACGAACCCGACCGUCGAGUAUUAUGUCAUGCAAGGCGUGCUCUUCAAGGCGACAUCACCUCAGUCUGAGAGUACAGCAAGUCACUUGUGGUGCACGACUGACAUGCCCUCGCAGUUACUCUGCCUGGGGAUCGGCAAAACUUGCUCCACUCAUAUUGUUCACACGUGUAGAUUUGGCAAGACUUUGCAUCGCGGAUGCUGUUUCCAUGUGAGGAGAGGUUCAGAACCGGAUCCUUCGAACGUGAUAGUCCGACUGGAAAGAAAGGUUGGAUCCAAAGUCAAGACGACCGGCAGAAGCUGGGUCGGACCUGCAGGCGGGUAUUGGGUAGAGCUGGACCCCUGCUUCCAAAAGCCAGGCUGGGUGCUGGUGGAAGGGCCCGGAUUCGGAAAGGCAGGCCCGCUGCUUGAAGAGAAGCUUCCGGACGAAGGGGACGCGAUCGUGAUGCACUUCAAGAAUCCCUUCGAUGAUGAGGAGCUGCACGAGCUGUGCUUGAAGCCAACCUAUACCAUUCAAGGCAUCAAGAAGUGGAUGUGCACGCGGCUGCCUCUACUUCGAUUGGACAAGAUUGUCAUCGUCAAGCGAAGAUUCCGAGGACGGGCUGCAAGGUUUACGCCAAGCAACUUCGUUUUGGAAGAUCAUGUCAGGCUCUACGAGACAGAGUUCGAAGACGGUUGCGAGCUGCCGUACAUCUACCUGGGCGAUGCCGAUGAUGAGCUACACUUUUGGAUUCCUGCUGUGCAACGUCAUCAGACCAUCCACGACGCUUACUACGGCCCCAGCUGCAAUCAUCGGCUGGCCUUCUGCGUGGCCUCUGGGCGGUCCAUCUUUCCAGGGUCCCUUUAUCCGGAGGACCGGAGUGGCAACUCGCAGUAUCCACCCGGUGCAGGUCCCUCGAAUGAGACCAUCAAAUGCCGCGUCUGCCGACAUCGCAUGUACACCUCGGAGGUCCGCAAACUGCGGAACUGUCCUUUGUGCCACUCGCGCUUGGACAUCCCAGCGCCGCCGCCAAUUCACAGCCUCGGUUAG